AUGACGCAAGAGCAAGCCUCAUACUCCUUUUCGACCUGUUUCCAUAAGGAACGCAUCUGGUCCCUUCAGACUUGGCACGUGUAUAGGGACGGGCUAUCAGCCGAAGGAUUGUUGACUCUCGCCGCAAAUCGUUGUAAGUUAUGUUACGGACUGGUUGUCUUCCCUGGGGCCGUGUCGGCUGGCUCAUCGGUACUCAGGUGGAGUUCAAUCCCUGGCCCGCAGUCCGCACAAUCGAUAAGUCCACCGAUAUUAACAGCUGUUUAUAACAUAAGAAACGCUUCGCUAACAGAAAAACAAAACAGCUGCCGCGCAAUUGAAAAUUGCGCAAAAACAAAAGGAAAUCCAAAACAAACUAUUGACGACGGGCCACAGCUGGACCCCGGCGUACCCACCCUGCCUGAGAUGGCUACAUCGGCGACAUCUCCCUUUGCGUUGGCCACCACAUCAGUGGCUGCUCCUCAUCCGGCGUAGCGCUGUUGAAUUCCCCUCCCCCCUCCACGAUGAGAAACUC